AUGGAUUCAAAAGAUGAGUAUUUGAGUUCUAAUGUAGAAGAGGAAUUUGAUGAUGGUGAUUGUGAUGAUGAUCAUAUUGAUUUUGAUGAUGAAGAGGAUCAAGAGUUUGAAAUUGAUGAUGAUUCAGAUGAAACCGGUGGUAAGGAGAUAUGUUAUACCAUUCUAAAGGAAGAAGAUGUAUGUAAGCGACAGGAAGAAUAUAUUACACAGACAUCUACUAGCCUUUCCAUUCCAACAGAAUCAGCAACCAUCUUGCUGCAAUACUAUAACUGGGAUGUUGAUAAAGCCCAGGAUGCUUGGUUUGCCGACGAAGACAAAGCUCGAAAGGAUGUUGGGUUACAAGAAGUAGUUCCGAUUCAGAACACGGAGAAUAUAAUCAAGUGUAGGAUCUGCUUUGAUGAGUUCGAACGGGAUGGUACGUGUGCUACUACUUGUGGUCAUCUCUUUUGUAAUAUGUGCUGGGCACAAUAUGUUAGCAUUAAAAUUAUUGACGGACCUGGGUGUUUAAGGUUGCGAUGUCCUGAACCGUCUUGCGGGGUCGCUGUUGGUCAGGACAUGGUUAAUGAAUUGGUUUCUGAUGAAGAUAAGGAGAAGUAUUCUCGUUACCUUUUAAGAUCUUACGUCGAAGAUCAGAAAAACAUCAAAUGGUGCCCUUCUCCAGACUGUGAGUUUUCUGUUGAAUUCGUUGCUGGUAGUUCAAGUUUCGAUGUUGUUUGCGGUUCGGAUCAUAGCUUUUGCUGGAAUUGUCUGGACGAUGCGCAUCGUCCAGUGGACUGCGACACAGUCCACAAGUGGGCCGUGAAGAAUACUGCGGAGUCUGAAAACGUAACUUGGAUAUUAGCUAAUUCAAAAUCUUGUCCAAAGUGCAAGAAACCAAUUCAGAAAAACAAGGGGUGUAUGCAUAUGAGAUGCCAUUGCAAUUUUGAGUUCUGCUGGCUCUGCCUUGGUGAUUGGUCAACUCAUGGGGACAAAACAGGUGGUUUUUAUGCGUGUAAUAUCUAUGAGAAAGCAAAAUUGGAGGGACGCUACAAGGAGGAAGAUAAACUGAAGGAGGCUAAAGAUUACUUGGAUAGAUAUACUUUUUACUACGAAAGGUUUGCAGAAAACCAGAAGUCCAGGCUAAAGGCUGCUGGAAGCUUGCAGAAAACCAUAUCUAGUGACUUUGCUAACCUUAGCGACAGAUAUAGGUUGACUGCUUCGAAUCUUCAGGUUAUUAUAGAUGCUUGGCAACAGAUCAUCGAAUGCAGGCGUGUUCUGAAGUGGACUUAUGCCUACGGAUAUUACUUACCUCAAAGUGAACAUGCAAAGAAACAGUUCUUUCAGUAUUUGCAAGGUGAAGCUGAGUCUGGGUUGGAAAGGCUCCAUCAUUGGGCGGAAGUGGAAAUACAAAGAUAUAUCAAGGAAGAUGAUGCACCCGAAGACUUCAACGAUUUCAGUGUAAAUCUACAUUAUCUGACCAAACACACAAGAACUUACUUCGAAAACCUAGUUGGUGCUCUAGAGAAUGGUCUGUCAGAAGUAGACUCCGAGACUGCAGCAAGACAACCGGCUCAUUUCGAAGAAAAUUGUCAAUGUAAGAGCAAGAGAGGCAGGAGACGCAAGUGA